AGCAAGAGGCGUGUGAGCUCCUGCCGGUCCCCGCGGCAGCCGCUGCCCCGCGGCGCUCCGCCGGCCCCCUCCUCGCCCGGGGCCGCUCGCAGCCCCGCACGCAGCCGGCCUCCGCCGCCCCUCGCUGCCGCUGGAGGAGGCUGCCCACCCCAGCCGCCCAGGAUGCAGUUUCGCCUCUUCUCCUUUGCCUUGAUCAUCCUGAACUGUAUGGAUUACGGCCACUGCCAAGCCGGCCGCUGGAGACGCAGCAAGAGAGCUAGCUAUGGACCAAAUCCAAUUUGCAAAGGCUGUUUAUCUUGUUCAAAGGAUAAUGGGUGCAUCAGAUGCCAACACAAGUUAUUCUUCUUCCUACGAAGAGAAGGAAUGAGACAAUAUGGUGAAUGCUUGCAUUCCUGCCCAUCGGGGUACUACGGACUCCGAACGCCAGAUAUGAACAGAUGUUCAAGAUGCAGAAUAGAAAACUGCGACUCCUGCUUUAGCAGAGACUUUUGUACCAAAUGCAAAACUGGCUUUUACUCGCACAGAGGCCGCUGCUUCCGAGGAUGCCCCCCUGGAUUUGCAGCCUUGGAAGAGCUUAUGGAAUGUGUGGAAGGCUGUGAAGUGGGUCAGUGGAGUGAAUGGGGAACUUGCAGCAGAAAUAACAAAACAUGUGGAUUUAAGUGGGGCCUGGAAACGAGAACAAGACAAAUUGUGAAGAAGCCAGCGAAAGACACGAUACCGUGCCCAACCAUUGCAGAAUCCAGACGGUGUAAAAUGGCCACGAGGCAUUGUCCAGGAGGGAGAAGACCAACAAAAACAAAGGACAAGAAAAAGAAGAAAAAGAAUUUGAUGGAAAGGGCUCAGAAGCAGCACAGCAUCUUUUUAGCGACAGAUAAAACAAGCCAGUAA